GAGAGAGAGAGAGAGAGGAGGAGUCUGUCUGUCUCCCUCCGGCUCUGCACACCACUCACAGCUCUUUUGUGGUCAUGAAUUGGCUGCCCAGCCGGAGUGGUGCUGCUGGAGUGGAAGGGAGCGCGUGUGAGCGGAUUGCUAAAGGCUUUUUUGCGGGACCCAUCAUGCCCUUUCGAUGCGGCCAGCAGAAGUCUAAGGAUGAAACUGCUUUGGAGAGCUAAAAUGAGCUCAAUUCAGGACUGGGGUGAAGAGGUAGAGGAAGGAGCAGUUUACCAUGUCACCUUGAAAAGAGUGCAGAUUCAACAGGCUGCUAAUAAAGGAGCGAGAUGGCUAGGGGUUGAAGGGGACCAACUGCCCCCAGGGCAUACUGUCAGCCAAUAUGAGACGUGUAAGAUCCGAACAAUAAAAGCUGGUACGCUAGAGAAGCUGGUGGAGAACCUGCUGACAGCUUUUGGGGACAAUGACUUUACCUAUAUCAGCAUCUUUCUGUCGACUUACAGGGGAUUCGCCUCGACAAAAGAGGUACUGGAACUUCUCCUUGACAGAUAUGGAAACCUGGAAACCUCAAACUGUGAAGAAGAUGGGAGUCAGAACUCUGCCGAGACCAAAACAGUACUCAGGAAUGCAAUAGCCUCCAUCCUAAGAGCAUGGCUAGACCAGUGCUCUGAAGACUUCCAGGAGCCACCCCAUUACCUUUGUCUUCGGAAACUGUUGGAGUAUCUGACACGGAUCAUGCCAGGAUCAGACCCAGAAAGAAGAGCACAACAUCUGUUGGAGCAGUUUCAGAAACAAGAACUGGUGAACGACAUUGGGAUCCUUGACGCUCUUGCCCUUGAGGAAAAAAUGGAGACUGGUGGGUUGGAAGAGUUUUCUUCUUUCCCAGAGGACCUCGUGGCAGAACAGCUUACCUACAUGGAUGCCAAACUUUUUAAGAGAGUGGUUCCGCAUCACUGUUUGGGCUGCAUCUGGUCUCGGAGGGAUAAGAAAGAAAACAAGCACUUAGCCCCCACCAUCAGAGCCACCAUCGCACAGUUUAAUGCUGUGACCAAAUGUGUCAUCAGAACCAUCCUGAAUGGAAAGGAGCUGAAAACACAACAACGAGCCAAAAUCAUAGAGAAGUGGAUCAACAUUGCACAUGAAUGUAGGAUCCUGAAGAAUUUUUCAUCUUUGAGGGCCAUUGUUUCAGCUCUGCAGUCCAACUCUAUAUAUCGGUUAAAGAAGACGUGGUCAUCUGUUGCAAAGGACAGAAUGUUGAUGUUUGAAGAACUGUCAGAAAUUUUUUCGGAUCAUGAUAACUAUUUGACAAGCCGGGAGUUGCUAAUGAAGGAAGGAACUUCUAAAUUUGCAAAUCUGGACAGCAGUGUGAAAGAGAACCAGAAGAGAACUCAGAGGCGGCUUCAACUACAGAAAGAUAUGGGCGUAAUGCGGGGCACUGUCCCUUACCUUGGUACUUUUCUGACUGACUUGACGAUGCUGGACACAGCCCUGCAGGACUACGUUGAGGGAGGGCUAAUAAACUUUGAGAAGAGAAGGAGGGAGUUUGAAGUGAUUGCUCAGAUUAAGCUCCUCCAGUCCUCCUGUAACAGCUAUUGCAUGGCUUCAGACAGAAAAUUUAUCCAGUGGUUCAGGAGACAGAGGCAUUUAACAGAGGAGGAGAGUUAUGCCCUUUCUUGUGAGGUUGAAGCUGCUGUUGACACAAUGACCACUUCGCCAAAACCUCGGAAGAGCAUGGUGAAGCGUCUGAGUCUGCUGUUUCUGGGAUCUGAUCUGCUUGCCAAUAGCACCCCUACCAAAGAGCAGCCAAAGUCUACUCCGAGUGGGAGCUCCGGUGAGAGCAUGGAUUCUGUCAGCGUGUCCUCCUGUGAGUCAAACCACUCUGAAUCCGAGGAUGCCUGUAUCACUCCCACUGACACGCCCGAUGAGCCUCAGAAGAAGCUCUCAGAGUCCUCCUCCUCUUGUUCCUCCCUCCAUUCCAUGGACACGUCUUCCUCAGGAGUGUCAUCCUUCACCAACCCUCUCUCAACUCCGCCUUCAUUGGCCAGCAACCCCCGAAUUCAUCAGCGCUCCAUCUCUGUCACCUCCAUUACCUCAACGGUUUUGCCUCCCGUUUACAACCAACAGAACGAAGACACCUGCAUCAUCCGCAUCAGCGUCGAAGACAACAAUGGGAACAUGUACAAGAGCAUCAUGUUGACCAGCCAAGACAAGACUCCGGCUGUUAUCCAGAGAGCUAUGUUGAAACACAACCUGGAGUCUGAUCCUGUGGAGGAUUAUGAGCUUGUGCAGGUCAUCUCAGAAGACAAAGAAUUAGUCAUCCCGGACACUGCAAACGUCUUUUACGCCAUGAACAGCCAGGUGAACUUCGACUUCAUCCUGCGGAAGAAAAACUCUCUUGCUAGUGAGGUGAAACUGAGAAGUCGGUCCAGCUUGACUCUUCCCAGGACCUCCAAGAAGGGGUGCUGGAGCAACAGAAACAGCAAAAUCACCCUCUGAGAAUGGGUCAGCCAACACAAAAGAAAACCAUCCAGUAUUGCAAGGUCUCCGGAAAUGAAUGUGUCAGUAUUCGAGCUUUGGGAAAUGCAAAGCCAGCGUUUGCUGUUGAGCGUAUGCACAUUUAGAUGCAGAAAAAGUGGGAAGAGAGACCUACAGCCAUCUUUUAAAAAUGUUUGCACAGUGUUCAAGAAUGCAAGACCACUUUUGGGCUGGGAAGAAAAAAGAACUGUGCUCCUGGCCGGACAACUCUUCCAAGUCAACUCUUCUUCAACUAUCUUCAGUUCUCAUUUGUGCCAGUAUUAAUUUGGAGUACUGUGGAUUUAUUUUUAUAAAUGGAAGAGAGCUAUUGCCAUUAAGCUGUGUCUGUAUUUACAGGAGAAGGUGCACAAGACUGACCAUUGGCUGAAUUAUAACAAUGAGUAGAUGGUGUAGAUGGGCUGCUGCUUCAAGCAAUGUGGCAGAGCUGCUUCUGACAGCUGGGAGGACUCUCAUUCUCCUGUUAUCCUCCCCCAGUCUCUGGAGCCACAUCAGGCUCUGUUGUUUCCUUGCAUUGGGCUGGGUUUUUUUCCAGCCUUGAGAUCAAAGCUGGAACAAGUGCAUUCCCCUCCUAAAGAACAUUAAGCAAACACAGGAAUGCCUUUUGGGGGGGGAGGGGUUCGUUUGGUUGGGAGCAAGUCAAAAUAAUGCAGACAUUACUCCUCUUAAUGCCACUACAUUGUUUUUUUCUAAUGCUAUGCUAAUCUAUUUAUCAAAAAAAGAGAUCAAGGUAUAUAUCUUUGGAGUGUGCAAUUUUACACCCCUUUAGGUGUGGAACAGUUUACCUGUAUUCAGCCACAUUGGCAUUGUGGCAAGCCAUAUAAUCAGGUUUUUUUAAAUAAUCAGCAAACAUACACACACACACAACUUACACGUAGUCGGCAGCAUCUGAGAAUACCACGAUCGUUUACAAUGCGUGUGGAAUUUGUUGUUUUUUUAAAAAAUCUAUGGGAUCUCCCUUCUCCUAGAAUGCAUCUCCUUAACUAAAUAAGCUUCCUGACAUGGUACAGCCUUACAGGGUUGCAGAAUUUAGCUUUUUCUAUAGUCUGGCCCACCAAAUUGCUAUUCUUGGGGGACUUCCUUUGACACACAUGCGAAUGACGUGGGAGGUGAUAACCAGAGCACCAGCCACAGCAGUGCAGAAUCACAAAAAUGAAUAACUUCAAAGCCAUAAGGAAAAUUGGACUGUGAACAGUUCAUCUGCGACUGGUGAGGUAGUGCAGUAGAUAGGAAGAGGCUAUCAGUGUCCAGCCUUUCUGGCAGAUGGCCCUCUGCCAUUGCAGAUGCUUUGUGUCCUUUGCCAAUAAAUGUGUGCCGACUCCCCGCUCCUCACCAUCAGCCGUCAUUUAGCUGCAAGAGUAACUUCCUCUUUUUCCAAUCCAUCACGCAGCCUCCCCUGGCUAUUGCUGGUACAGUCCUUUUCCUGUACAGAAAAGAUAGCAGGGUUUCCCCCCAGAAUGUCUUUUGUAGAUGCCAAACAGAACGGCACCAAUUCCAACUUAAGCAAUUAUGUGAUUGCCUUGAAUUCGGCAUGACUGACAUCUUGUCAGUAUGCCACAGGUUGCAGCAGUGCCUAUGCAAGGAAAAAGAGCUGUGUUUUGGGGCUGUAGUCAGGAUCUGAAAAAGUUCCUUGAGGUCUUGGAAAAUGCCUGUUGUGGGACAAUGGAACUGAAUGGCCACUCCUGCCUUCUUAUUGCAAUCUGCUUCUGAAAUUCCUCUCCGUUUCAAAGGCAGUUUGCCAUGAGGAGACAGCGUGUGCACACUACUAGUUAAAACCAACUUAAAAGCCCUCUAGGGCUCUUGGAUUUCCAUGUAUGAUUUGUUGGGUCCUGGCCCAUAUACCUUACAGCUUGUCAUGACCUUGUUCAGAGUUGUGCAUAUGCUACAGCAAUAGCAUAGGGGAAGUGCAGAAUCUAAUCCUGAAUACAGAAUUCAUCUUCUGGGGAAAAAAAUAAUAGCUUUAAUAAUUUUUUAAAGCUAUUUUGUUCUGACUUGUAUGGUUGCAGUACUGUAUAUGGAUUCGGAAGGGGUCUGAAUUCAGAUUUGCAGUCAUGCUAUAUAAGAGAAUGCCCAGUUUGCAUAAUGGGGAUCACGGAAUUCUGCUUUUCUUGCUGCAGAACUUGAGUCACUGACACAGCACCCUGUGCUGUCGGCACAGCACAUGCACACUCCUGAACAUCGCUUCCCAUAAGUGUUUAUUUUUUUAAUCUGGCUUUAUCAGAUUAUGACUGUGAUAUAUUUUGCACUAUUUGAAACUCUUUGCUGUUUCAAAAGAAUUCCAUUCUGGCCUGUGUUCUUAAAACGCCCACAGUGUUAUUGCCUAGAGAAAUCAAGGGUUUAAUUCAAAACUGAGCCUUAAACAUAUCCAGAGUUGGGAUGAAUUUUCAGCAGGUGACAAAAGGUCCAUUUUCUUUGAUUUCUGGUGAAAGAUAAAGCAGUGCCCAAAUGUGUGUUGUGUGUGGGAAGUAUAUGCACAUACACUCUGUAUGUAGCUGUAGAAUCAUCUAGAUUUUUUUAUAUUGUUAAGCUUGUAAUGAUAAGAGUGUCUUUUUAAACAAAGGUGAGAGUUAUUAA